AUGUGGCUACAUCACAGCGAGUUUGCACCUAUAGUUGAUGCUCUUGGCAGAAUGCUACUUCUGGCAAUGCUGUUGAAAGUGUAUCCCUUUCCUCUCUAUUAUUUGUUUCCUGAACAGGAUAGGAAUAACUUGGAUUUGUCUCUUAAAGUUGGAAUUUUAUUUCUAAUUCUAUUUGGAAUAGUUCUUCCUUCAGAUAUUGUUGAUCAGAUUGUUGCUAUUCCUCUUCCUAUAGAACCUUCUAAUGACGAAUUUUUAUGGGGUCCUUCCCCGUCGGGUAGUUUUUCAAUCAAAACUGCUUCUUCGAUUCAAUAUAACCAGGUUUGGUCUCAAACUCAAAUUGGCAACCCCUUUCAUAGGAAUGGUUCGUUAAUUUCUUGGUUAGAAUCUCUUAGUAAUACUAGAAACUAUAAAGAGGUGCUUGCUAAUGUUAUUCUCAUACUCUGGUCUAUAUGGAAUGCUAGAAACAAAGCUAUUUUCCAGGAGAAAUGGUUGUCACCUACUGCUGUUGGGUAUGAUGCUUUUCAUUUUGGCCUAACUUAUAACCAAGUAAAUAAUAGCUGGAAUGGUCAUCAUUUACAUUCUAAUAUGCACAUUAAAUGGUAUCCACCGACUAACCAGUUUCUUAAACUAAAUUUUGAUGGUGCAGUCAGGAACGGAAAAGCUUCUAUUGGUUUCAUUAUUAGGAACUCUGAUGGCAAUCCUUUAGUUGCAGCUUGCAGAGUUUUAGGUGACACAAAUACUCUAGUUGCUGAGGCUACGGCUCUACAUGAGGGUCUUCAUGCAGCUUAUCUUCAAGGGUUCUCUCAUCUUAUUGUUGAAGGAGACUCAAAGCUUUUAAUUGACUGUAUCAAAGGCUCUGCGAUGACUCCAUAGAUUUUAAGGACUCUAAUUAUAGACAUUAAGCGAUUGGCUACUAAAUUUCAGGAUAUUAUCUUCAGGUAUGCUUAUGGAGAAGCUAAUUUUAUAGCUGAUCACUUGACAAAUUUAGCCUAUAAUUAUUCUCAUCCUAGAAUUUAGUUUUACUGUCUACCCCUUUCUGUGUGCUCAGCGUUUCAUUUGGAUCAACUGGGAAGAGGUGUUAGUCGUGGUUUUUCUUUAUUGUUGUAACUUUUUCUGUCAAAAAAAAAAAAAA